AUGGGAAUGAUCACCACUUCGAUCGCCAACGAUUCAAUCAUUAUACCGUCUGGAUUUUACAUUAUCGGAUUUACGGAUUUAAAGUUUGCUGAUUUAUUUGUCAUUUUCCUCGGCUUCAUUUAUAUUGUGACAGUUCUGUGCAACUGUUUCAUUGUUUCUAUUAUAUGGAUGGAUCAUAGGCUCCACACUCCAAAGUACAUUGCAGUAGCAAAUUUAGGCGUUGUUGACUUGAUGGGCAGUACAUCCUUUAUUCCAAGUACAAUCAAUACUGUUGUUGCGAGAGAUACCUUCAUGUCCUACAAUGCAUGUUUAACACAGAUCUUUUUUUAUUACUGUUCUAUAAUAUUAGAAUCAUUUUCCCUCAGUGUACUUGCCUAUGACAGGUUAAUUGCAAUAUGUUUUCCACUGAGGCAUAAUUCUAUCAACACUCCCACAAACAUGAUCAGUAUUUUAGUGAUUCUUUGGGUAGUUUUUGCAAGCGUCAUGGUGUUCUUGGUCGUGAUCUUGACAAAACUGUCUUUUUGUGAUUCACUCAGUAUGAACUACUUUGUCUGUGAUUAUUCAGGUGUGUUCAAUCUAGCCUGCAAUGAUAACACAAUGCAGUGGGCUGCUGCUGCUUCUCUGGGUAUGCUGCUUUUGUUUGGGCCCCUUAGUUUAAUCCUCUUGUCAUACGCCUGUAUUUUGACAGCCGUGUUUAGAAUGAAAAGUGUGGACAGCAGGUACAAAGCACUUGCAACCUGUACAGAACAUCUCAUUCUGGUGGCGAUUUUCUAUGUGCCGACCAUAACACUGUACAUCACUGAACUUUUCUUAAUCCAUGUUGAUCCACAUGUCAGAAUGGUGAACUUGUCAUUAGCUUCAAGCAUCCCAUCCUGUCUGAACCCCAUUGUGUAUUCACUGGCAACCAAAGAAAUCAGGAACAAAAUACUGGCUAUGUUCCGGAAAGUCAAAGUAGCAGGGUCAGGGUAG